UGCGCCGGGCCGCCUCGCUCGCUCGGGGCUCGGCAGGCGGCCCGCGGGGUCCCGGAUCGCUGCGCCCGCAGCCGGAGACCAAGGCAGGCGCUGACUCGAGACCCGGAGGCCCGCCAGACCUUCGGUCAUUUUUAGGGGAGGAAAUGCAGACAUAGAGGUACUGACCCUAGAAACGGAUCGGGAGGUUCCUGCUUGCCUGUGCUCCUGAACCAUGGGAGAAAAUGAGGAUGAGAAGCAGGCCCAGGCCGGCCAGGUCUUCGAGAACUUUGUGCAAGCUACCACAUGCAAAGGCACGCUCCAGGCCUUCAACAUCCUCACCUGCCUCCUGGACCUAGAUCCGCUGGACCAUAGAAACUUCUACUCUCAGCUCAAGUCCAAGGUGAACACCUGGAAGGCCAAGGCUCUAUGGCACAAACUGGAUAAGCGUGGCUCCCACAAGGAAUACAAGCGAGGGAAAGCCUGCAUGAACACCAAGUGUCUCAUCGUCGGAGGAGGACCGUGUGGCUUGCGCACUGCCAUUGAACUUGCCUACCUGGGAGCCAAAGUGGUUGUAGUGGAGAAGAGGGACACCUUCUCCCGGAACAAUGUGCUGCACCUCUGGCCCUUUACCAUCCACGACCUGCGGGGCCUAGGAGCCAAGAAGUUCUAUGGGAAAUUCUGUGCUGGUUCCAUCGACCACAUCAGUAUCCGUCAACUACAGCUCAUCCUGUUCAAGGUGGCCCUGAUGCUGGGAGUGGAAAUCCAUGUGAAUGUGGAAUUCGUGAGGGUUCUGGAGCCUCCUGAAGACCAAGAAAAUCAAAAAGUCGGCUGGCGGGCAGAAUUCCUCCCUGCAGACCACGCCCUGUCUGACUUUGAGUUUGACGUCAUCGUUGGUGCUGACGGCCAUAGGAACACUCUGGAAGGGUUCAGGAGGAAGGAGUUCCGAGGGAAGCUGGCCAUUGCCAUCACUGCCAACUUCAUAAACAGGAACAGCACGGCCGAGGCCAAGGUGGAGGAGAUCAGUGGCGUGGCCUUCAUCUUCAACCAGAAGUUCUUUCAGGACCUUAAAGAAGAAACAGGGAUUGAUCUCGAGAACAUUGUUUACUACAAGGACUGUACCCACUACUUUGUCAUGACGGCCAAGAAGCAGAGCCUGCUGGACAAAGGUGUCAUCAUUAAUGACUACAUUGACACAGAGAUGCUACUGUGUACGGAGAACGUGAACCAGGAUAAUCUGCUCUCCUAUGCCCGUGAGGCUGCGGAUUUUGCCACCAAUUACCAGCUGCCAUCCUUAGACUUUGCCAUAAAUCACAAUGGGCAGCCUGAUGUGGCCAUGUUCGACUUCACCUCCAUGUACGCCUCAGAGAACGCAGCCCUGAUGCGAGAGCGCCAGGCACACCAGCUGCUCGUGGCCCUUGUGGGCGACAGCUUGCUUGAGCCAUUUUGGCCCAUGGGCACAGGCUGUGCCCGGGGCUUCCUGGCAGCCUUUGACACAGCGUGGAUGGUGAAGAGCUGGGACCAGGGCACCCCUCCCCUGGAGGUGCUGGCUGAAAGAGAAAGUCUUUACCGGCUGUUACCUCAGACAACCCCAGAGAACAUCAACAAAAAUUUUGAACAGUAUACAUUGGACCCAGCAACACGGUACCCAAACCUCAACUUGCACUGUGUCAGGCCUCACCAGGUGAAGCAUUUGUACAUCACUAAGGAGCUGGACAGCUUCUCUCAAGAGAGAUGGGGCUCAGUGAGGAGAUCCGUUAGCCUCUCCAGGCGGGAGUCAGACAUCCGGCCUAACAAGCUCUUAACCUGGUGCCAGCAGCAGACCGAGGGUUACCAGCACGUCCAUGUCACCGACCUGACCACAUCCUGGCGCAGUGGUCUGGCUCUGUGUGCCAUCAUCCACCGCUUCCGGCCAGAGCUGAUCAACUUUGACUCACUGAAUGAAGACGACGCUGUGGAGAACAAUCAGCUGGCAUUUGAUGUGGCCAAGCGUGAGUUUGGGAUCCUGCCUGUGACUACAGGCAAAGAGAUGGCGUCUACUCAGGAGCCCGACAAACUCAGCAUGGUCAUGUACCUCUCCAAGUUCUAUGAGCUCUUCCGGGGCACCCCGCUGAGACCCAUGGAUUCCUGGCGUAAAAACUAUGGAGAAUAUGCUGACUUCAGCUUGGGCAAAUCAUUCAUUCCUAAUAACUAUCUCAACCUCACAUUUCCCAGGAAGAGGACCCCACGGGUAGACACCCAGACUGAAGAGAACGACAUGAAUAAGAGGAGACGACAGGGCUUCAACAACCUGGAAGAGCUGCCGGCCUUCUCCAGCCGUAGCUUGGGCUCCAGUCAAGAGUGCGCUAGAGAAGGCGGCAAUCAGAACAAAGUCAAGUCCAUGGCCAACCAGCUGCUAGCCAAGUUUGAGGAGAACACACGGAACUCUGCAGCCCUGAAACAGGAAUCCGUGAAAAAGACAUUUCCCCUGAGCCUGGGCGGCAGCGACACCUGCUACUUUUGUAAGAAGCGUGUGUACGUGAUGGAGCGGCUGAGUGCUGAGGGUCACUUUUUCCACCGGGAGUGCUUCCGCUGCAGUGUCUGCACCACCACCCUGCGCCUGGCCGCCUAUGCCUUUGACUGUGAUGAAGGCAAAUUUUACUGCAAGCCCCAUUUCAUUCAUUGUAAAACCAACAGCAAACAACGGAAGAGACGGGCAGAGCUGAAGCAGCAAAGAGAGGAGGAAGGCACUUGGCAGGAACGGGAAGCACCUCGGAGAGACACUCCCACGGAAAGCUCUUGCGCAGUGGCGGCCAUCAGCACGCCAGAAGGCAGCCCCCCAGAUGAGCCCACCUCCCCCAAGAAGCCAAAGAGUGUUCCUGAGCCCACCCCCAGAGACAUGGAAGUUGACGUCACCUCUCCCCAACCCUCCGAAUGGACUUCAGUGAGGAUUGGCCCUGGGGAAGAUGCAGUCGGGCAGGAUGUGCUGGCCGUACGUGUCCUGGUCACCAGUGAGGACAGCAGCUCUGAUGCAGAAUCUGACUGUGGCAGCAUCGGAGCCCCCUGUGCAAAGGCCUGCAAAGAGAGGCCCCAGCUUCCAGAAUCCACGCCUCUAUCAAAGCCCCCAACCCGGCACAGCUCCCUGAGGGAGCCCCUGACUAGACCAGUCUCUCUCCUGCACCACGAGGACCCACGAGCUAUCCAUGCUCUGCAAAGGACCCACAGCCUCCAGUCUCCAGCUCCAAGCAAAUACCAGAACUGGAGAAGAAAAUUCCCGUCCAAUUCAACAUCCAUGAACAAAAGAGCACCAUCGCCUCCAAAGGAGCCUCCUCCUCCUCCUCCAUCUUUAUCUUCUUCAUCUUCUCUGCCAUCUUCCUUUUCCUCAGCCAGUGUACCUGGGCACACUUCAGAGAAUUUCUCCUCUCCUCGGGUGCCAGCUUACAGCCUCCACUCCCUGCCAGUCUCCAGAGGUGAUUUUAGCCCUAUUCCACUCUACCUGAGACGUGCCAGGGCUCAAGGGAUCUUAAAGGAAGUGCCUCUCUAUCUGCCUCAUGGCCCCAUGCUGGAGAGCACAGGCCUGGGGAGCCCCAGUGGAGAAGACCUCAGCAGCCCUGUGGAAAUGGCUUCAGAGGACUGCAAGGAGCACUGGCUCCUCUUGGGAGCACCAAAAGCAUGUACAAAGCUUCAACCCGACUCUGGGCCCCCUGAUGCUGGGAGCACCAUGCCCAUAGUGUACCAUCCCAGCACGCUGCAAAACCUAGCUCUUGGGGCUGCAGGGAACCCAAGAGAACUGAAGGAGAGACCCAGGAGGGGACAGACAGGUGGCCCAGAGCUGUCUGAAGAAAGGAAGUUGGGUUUGAAGAAAUUAGUCCUCACACAGGAGCAGAAAACCAUGUUGCUAGACUGGAGUGAUUCUACCCCUGAGCACAAGGCUGGGGAGCGACUCUCCCAGGAAAGAGCUGAGAAUGGCAGAGGCCGGACCCUGAAAUCCUCUACCCUCCCUCAGGCAGUGAAAGAGAAACUACUAUCCCAGACAGGCACCCCAGAGGAGAUGCGUCCCCCAACUGUCAAGGCGCCCCGGGAACGAGAAGUGCCUCCACCCAAGUCUCCUCUGAGGUUCAUAAGAAAUGCCAUCCUAAAGUCUCUGCUCCCCAAUACAGAAGGUGGAAAGAAGACCUGCCCUAAACCGGAGUCAAAAACAUUGCCUCGGGGCCAGCCACAUGCCUUCACACGCUCCUUUAGUUUUCGGAAAUCCAGUUCCAAUAAAGAUGGGGACCAGCAGUCUCCAGGGAGACACAUGGCCAAGAAGGCUUCAGCCUUCUUCUCUCUGGCUUCUCCAACUUCUAAGACUGCCCAGGCCUCAGACCUUAGCUUUUCUGACCCUAUCCUCCGCACCCGGAGUCUGCCCAGUCGUUCAUCCAAGUUCUCUGCAGCCACAUCCCCACCACCCUGCAGCAAGAUUGAAGACGUCCCUACCCUCCUGGAGAAAGUGAGUUUACAGGAUGCCACUCAAGUUCCAAAGAAAAGAGCCUUGUGUGUUCCCUCCCUUGGCCUCAAAGAUAAAUCCUUUGAGAGUUUUCUCCAGGAAUGCAAACAGAGAAAGGAUAUUGGGGACUUCUUUAACAGCCCCAAGGAGAAGGGGCCACCCAGGAACAGAGUCCCAUCCUCGGAGAAGCCAGCACAACCCUUUGGCAGCACCUCCUGGGGGCAGGUGGCACAUCUUUCUUCUACAGGGCGAGACACACGCCUUGGAGCGCCAGUGACAGAGGCCACCUCUUCUCCCUCUUCAGCCACCUCCUCCUCUGCAGAUGAAGACUUUGACUCCCGGCUUUCCUCCAGGUCAAAGGAGAAGAUACCCAGAAGAAGAAGGAAGCUGGAGAAGCAGUUGGUUAAGCAAGAAGAAUUGAAAAGACUCCAUAAGGCUCAGGCCAUCCAGAGACAGCUAGAGGAGGUGGAAGAGCAGCAGAGGACCUCAGAGAUCCGGGGCGUGAAGCUGGAGAAGGUUCUGAGAGGAGAAGCAGAUUCAGGGACACAGGACGAAGCCCAGCUUUUGCAGGAAUGGUUUAAGCUGGUUCUGGAGAAGAAUAAAUUAAUGCGAUAUGAGUCGGAGCUACUGAUCAUGGCCCAAGAGUUAGAACUAGAAGAUCACCAGAGCAGACUGGAGCAGAAACUACGGGAGAAAAUGCUCAAGGAUGAGGGCCAGAAAGAUGAGAGUGAUCUAAAGGAGGAGCAAGAAAUAUUCGAGGAGAUGAUGCAGGUGAUCGAGCAAAGAAACAAGCUUGUGGACUCCCUGGAGGAACAGCGGGUCAAAGAAAGGACCCAAGACCAACACUUUGAAAACUUCGUUCUCUCCAGAGGCUGUCAGCUCAGCAGGACUUGAGGUGCCUUUCCCUCACUGGAGCCAGAGAGCCAAGAACACCACACUUUCUCACCCAGGCCCUGAAUUUAGGCCUUACUGCUUAAAAAAGAAAGAAAGAACAG